ACACGCCCGUCAUCCGAUGGACCAAUGAAAUCACCGCAUUCCACUCUUCUUCAACUUCCGGUCCCGCCUCUUUCUCUUUUCCGGAAUUCUUAGCGUGACCGACGUUUCGUGUCUGUUUAGACUUAAAGUAAGUAAAUUUCCUGUGAAUUAGACCGUCUAUGUCUGUUUUUUUUAACAGCUGACCGUGUUUCUGAUGUGGUGUUUACAGAAAAGUCUGUUUUUGGAUGUUGGUAACGGAGUAUUUGUGUCGUAGUUGAAGCCUCUGUCAAAAAUGGAGGACAGCUUCAGUGAAACACGCGCCAUGAUUUAGUCCGUCAGCUUUAAAAAUCACAUUUUUAUCAGGAACAGGUUAUCGGUCCGUUCAGAGGCCAUGAGGAACCAUCUAAAUAUGAAAAUAUAACCUGUUAAAGUUGGUCUUUGUGUUUUGUAAACUCGGGUGGGUGAGCUAUAUAAUAAAAGCCAAAAGAUUAUUAACCCGGGAGCCUUAAAUCCUUCAUUAUUUCAUUAAAAUUAAUUAUAACUGGAGUGUUGAAUGAAGAGAUAAAGUGAGACUGGGGUCUGUUUACUUACAGUGUUUACUCUGUUAACUCAGCUUCUCGUUAAUAUGAUAGUUAUAGUUAAAAAUAAACCUGUAAACAGAGUAAAGAUGCUCUGCAGCCACCUAGAGGUGAAUAAAAACACUACAGUCCAAUAACUCUGGACUCAUUUAAUCAAUCAGGAUGUAACUUAAUCAGCGAUCAUUAACCUCCUCCUGUGUUGGCUUUUACUUCACACCCACCAUGUUAAAGGUCGGUUUGGACUCGUGUCUUAAAUCUGCUGUGAAUUACACUUAAAACAAUUCUCUAUCAUUUAAUUUGGUUCUCAUCUCUAAGUUACCUUCUUUGGCUUCAUUAUCAAUGAAAAUGUUGUCAGUGUACCCCUCACACAGACAUCUAUACUGAACUGAUUUCACAUGUCUGUCGUUUUUUGUGCAGGGAAAACAUAAAUAAGAAAUUCACAUGAUUGAAGAGGAUCUGACUGUCAGUGUGUUUCCUGUCAGUGUACAUAUGAUUUCAGUUUUUGCUCUGAUUAUUAGAUAUUGAUCUAACCGUGACCCUAACACAGCAAGUGCAAUAAUUUUAAUAAGAGCAUUUUAUAAUUUUAAAGUUUUGAUGUAAAAAAGCUUAUUUAAGUGGUUCUUCUAAGUAUUUAGAGUGAAAAAUGGGUCGGUGCAGACCCUAACACAGGAGGAGGGUUAAAUAAUAUAACUGUAUGUUAAGGUUCUCUGUUGUAUCCAGUUCGAUGCAUUUAUGCCGAUUGUCAUGAAUUUACUUUAAACAUUAACAAAAUAAUAAACCAAGAAAAGCCUCUUAGAUGCACAAGUGUCCUCACAAGGACAGACAAAAAUAAAGGUUGAGCACAUUUUAACAAAGUUAGACGGACUGCAAACAAAUAUGACAAAUGCAGACCAACACAUCCAGGUUCGUUUAUGAAAUAGUGAGCAGUAUAAGCAGUUACAACUUAAUGUAUCACCUCUAAUGCCUCCAACUGAACUGCUGUUCCCUGUUUUGAGCUUCACUCAGGAGAGAAAUCGUAAAAAACUGCUCUUGCAAACAGGUUAGAGAGUAAAGACUGUACCCACUGGUAUUAUCAAGAUGAAUGAAAUCAAAUAAGAGGGAGAGAUGAUACAUGGAUUUAAUUAUAAUUAAUUUGACAUACAUUUAAAAUUUGAUGGGGGUGUGUGGUUAUUGCUUUUCUUACAUUAAGCUGUCCCUUGGAAAAAUAAUUAAGGUGUGUUUGACAAAUUAUAGAUAAUUUAAGUAAUAGUAAUUUUAACUGACCGAUGAUUUGGUCAAUAAAAACUGACACAUACCCACGACAACGUCCAAUCAGCUGUGUGGAUUUAAAGUAGUAAAAAAAUCUAAUAUCAGUGUUGUUAUGUUUUGGUUAUGAAGAACAAUAAUAUUUGCACACGUGAAUCACCUGUUUGUCUUUCUAGAAUGCGUUACGUGGCCGCUUACCUCCUGGCUGUGCUCGGUGGAAACACCAGCCCCUCUGCAAAGGACAUCAAGACCAUCUUGGGCAGCGUGGGAAUUGAGGCCGAUGAAGAACGCUUAAACAAGGUACAAAUAAAAAUAUGUAUCAGUUUACCACAAAAACAAACACCCUGGAGAUACUGCGCUGGUGGAGCUAAUACAUACAUUUCUCUGCUGCAGGUCAUCAGUGAGCUCAAUGGCAAAGACAUCAAUGAAGUCAUGAACUCAGGUACAGAGCCUCUCAGUGAACAAGUAUAAAGAUUCAGUGAUCUCUGACAUGACUGAUGCCUAAAAUGUCUUUAUUUUUUCCUCACAGGCCUUUCUAAGUUAGCCUCCGUACCAGCAGGUGGUGCUGUGGCGGCACCUGCUGCUGCUGCUGCUGGGGCCGCUGGAGCUGGGGCUGCGCCUGCUGCUGGUAUGUAUACACUCAUUUUUUCCUUCCUUAAAUUUGAAAGCAUUUAGCUCAUAAUUCUUAGGCUGCUCUGUGUUUUUGCUUUCACUCACACGGCCGUUUUACUAAAUGAUUCCUUGUCUCACUUUCAGCGGAAGAGAAAAAGGAAGAGAAGAAAGAGGAAUCAGAAGAGUCAGAUGAGGACAUGGGCUUCGGACUCUUUGAUUAAUCUCCUUUCUCUGUACUUAAAAAGCAAUAAAAACGUAAAAGGUUUACACACAUCACGUCGCCUGUGUCCCUUUUUUAAUAGCUUUUUAAUCGCUCUCAUUCUGCCCCCUGUGGAGAUUAUUAUUCCCACAGACAUCACAGACGCGACACGUAUCCAGGAAUGAACAGGAAGGACGUGGAUGAUGAACGCUGUUUGGUUACCGGCUAAAAAUAGUCCAGACUGAGCAACAGCCUGUCAUUAUUAGGCAAUCUGGACCUCAUGUGGUCAGUCUGUCCUGCUGUUCGUUAGAUAAGUGAAACCACAUUAUGAUUCUGGUUUAAAGGACAAACCGUGACUCAGCUGUGAAUAUCCAGGUCACAGGUUGAUGUUUUGAGGUCAACAGAAAACUGAUGAUGCUUUGUGAUAUCUGUUUAGUAUGGAGGGGAAACAUUCAUAAAUUUUAAGGAGAUUAAAUCGUGAACAGUCUUGCUAAACUCAGUUGUAACUAAAAACAAAAAUGAAAUCAAAAGCAUUCAUGAAUAAAUGUCUGAGGUUUGCUGAGCCAAGCCUCUCCUGUGAAAAAUACCUCUGAUACAUGACUGUCGUGUCCCACAGUAGAGUUGUAUUAAUUAAAAUGAGUCAUGAUCACAGAUCA